AUGCAGCACGUGUCGCCGUAUGCGUCAAGCAUGGACACGCACUUCCACAGUGCCUCCACGCGGAGUGGGCUCAAUGUCCAACCGCCCCUGGUGGAGGAGGAACUCAUGACACAAGUCGGAGGCGAGAGCCGUGAGAGGAUGGGGACCUCCAACAGCCUGCGCGCUCUGGAGGAUGCCAGCCUUGAGGAGUUGGCCUCUGCCCUGACGACGAAACUUGACAAGGAUAAGGACCGCGCCAAGUUGCAGAUGUCUCAGCUGAAAGAGGCGGAACGGCAGCUGGAGGAGAAGCAGCACCAGCUGGACGAGCUCGAGAAGCGCAUCUUCGCCAUGACUGAUGGUUUGGAUGAUGUGAUCGAGCUGAAUGUGGGAGUUGUCAUGUCGACUGCCUUCGUUGUGGCUUUGCUCCUCAACCUGUUCCAUGUGGGUCUUGGUUUCCGCACAGAAGUGGUGGCCAACAUGUCCACGGCCAAGCCGGACUGCGCGGCGUGGUAUGAUGUCCUUCCGGGCAAAUUCAAGGCCAAGUUCGGAUGGACCAGCAGCGACCGAAAGGACUACCUCAGCAAGACGCCCGACCCCUGCGCAGAGGCCGGCUUGGAAUGCUGCGGUGGUCAGUGCGCUUUGCCCGGCUGCCAGACGGACGUGGAGUGUUUGCAGUGCAAGGCCUUGAUGGCUGGCAGCAGCAUCCCAUCUGAGGUGCAGAAGGAGAUCUGUGAGGAUCCUAAGUUUUGCAGCAACAUGUUCUCCAACAAUUGCGCCUACUUGGCCGGCGAGUGCACCCGCAAAAAGCAGAGCUGCGACGCCUGCACCAGGUCCUACAAGGACAGUGCUCCUCAUGUGGCCAAAGCGUCGUGUGAAAACACGGACCUCUGCUACCUCCCGCAGAUCGGAACCUACAAGGAGGGUGGCUGCAAGUGGAACGGUGACCAAAAGAGGUGUGAGAGAGGUCAGCACAUGAGCACGACCCGUGCCGUGCUGUGCUGCGCCCCGCACUCGAUGCUGGCAGGAAUGUUCAGUGGCAACUUCGAUGCGAGUCACAAGCGUGACAAGGAGAAUCGGAUAUUCCUGGACGUUGAUCCGCCCAUGUUUGAAAAGGUGCUACGGCAUCUGCGGCUGCGCCGUAUCGCCAGCCCAGACCAGCCGGCGCCGCUGCCGCAGGUACCAGAGGAGCUUCGUGCGGAGUGGGACAUGAUGAUCAAAUACUUUGGCCUGGACGUCUAUAUGUACGGCGACAUGGGUCGGAGUUGCAAUAUCUUACAGAGGAUUGCAGAGAUGAACGAGGUGGAUCAAGCCAAGCUGCAGGAGAACGACCUGGUGCGCAUCACUUUGAGCUCCACGGGUGGUGUGCCCUCCUCCAGCCAUCAGGAGGUGCUGGGCGCCUCGGGCUUCUCGGAACGGUCGCUGGAGAACAGCUACGGCGCCUAUCCGAAUAGCAUCACCAUCAAGUUCCUGAAACAUCGGGUGAAGGUGGAAGCCAUGGAGUUGCGCGCAAAGAUCGCAGAUGUGCUGGCGCACAUGUCCAACAAGUGGACCUUCAAACAUGGCCAGGAGUCGGUCAACAUGUCGUACUCCUUUUCCCGCUCCGAGCCCGGAACCGGCCGUCUUGAUACGCCGGGUCUGGGCCAAGCCUUUGUGGAUGAGGUGGUCUGGCUCUUUCCAAGAGACUUCUGCUUGGAGCACAUCGUGCUGUGGGGUCACGUCAUCGAAAAGACCUGA